AUGUCGUGGUUACAAAUGAACAUAGAUUUUGAAGGACAAAAGCUGGCUGAAGUUAUUUACUAUGUCGUGAUUAUUAGUGGAGCUAUACUUGGUUUUGCUGUUGGGUUUAUUUACCAAGAUUUGCUUUUAACAAUGGAGAUAUUUGCCGGUGGUAUUGGUCUAUCCGCUUUGCUUGUCUUCCCUUCAUGGCCGCUGUAUAAUAAACACCCAGUCCGGUGGUUGCCAGCGAAACAAGUGACGGAAGCAAGUGAUGAUGAGGGCUGA